AUGCCAACAAAAGAGAAAAACGAAUUCAUAACCAAAAUCGAGCGGUUCGUGCGAGAUGAACUGCGAAACCACGACGGAUCUCACGACUUUUGGCACAUUCAUCGAGUGCGUAACAACGCUUUAUCGUUAGCAAAACUCGAAGGCAUCGCUUCCGAGGAGGAUUUGACCAUCGUCGAAGUCGCUUCUCUGUUACACGACGUGCGAGAUUGGAAGUACGCAGAAGAACAAAGAGGGAGUUUCGAGGAUGUCGUCGAGGACGUUUUAAAAGAAUACGAGCACAAAAAGACAGUCGUGGAUAUAGUAAACAAUAUUGGGUUCAAAGAAGAGUUGUCUUCGACCGCCUCUGCAUCCACGCAAGGCGAUACUUCUCGUAUUAGGGGUGACAUAAAAUUCAAAAUCGUGAGCGAUGCGGACAGACUCGACGCCAUCGGGGCGAUUGGUAUAGGACGGACAUUCUGUUUCGGAGGCGCUAAGAAAAAUCCAAUGCACGAUCCGGGUGUUCCACCGAACGUAGGUUUGACGAGAGAGGAGUAUCAAGCGGCACACAAUCCAGGGAUGAUAAAUACGACCAUCAAUCACUUUCACGAAAAACUUCUAAAACUAAAAGAUAUGAUGAAAACGGAGAGCGGUACGAAGAUGGCGUUGAAAAGACACGAGGUCAUGGAGAGGUUUCUGAAAGAUUUUCACGACGAGUGGGAAGGACUGUAA